GGCGGGAGGCCCCGCAGCCGCGCGGCCGCGGGCUGCUUUGUCGGGGGAGCGAGGUUUCGGGUGUCCGUGUCAGGGGCGGGCCGGGGCUCCUGUUCCGGCUGCGGGUGCGGCCCCGGGUCCCGGAGCGAUGGGGCGGGCGGACACCUGAGUCACCCGGGCUGGGCGGCGGGAGGGGAGCCCCGUGACGCCGCAGCUUAGCAAGUCCGUUUUGUCACUGCAGAUGAAGCAAUAAUGUCAAGCUGUCGUGCAGCAGCUGUGUGAUACUAAGUGUUAGGGAGCAUGGCCAGUAAGAAACUAAGAAGAGCAAGGUUGCCUCAGGAGCUGUGUGAAAGGCUAAGUCGCCAUCAGAUCACUACCUGUCAGGACUUUUUAUGUCUUUCCCUCUUGGAGCUAAUGAAAGUAACGGGACAGAGCUACUACGAUGUGCAGAAGCUUCUUAGUAAAGUCAGCAGAGCUUGUGCUCCCAAAAUGCAGACAGCUUACGAAAUGAAAUUGAGGAAGUCUGUCAGUCCCUCUUCAGCCUUUUUAUCCACGACGCUGCCUAGUUUGGAUAAAGUCUUGCAUGGUGGAGUGCCCUGUGGAUCCCUCACAGAGAUAACUAGCCCACCAGGUUGUGGCAAAACUCAAUUUUGUAUUAUGCUGAGUGUUCUGGCUACACUGCCCGUAAGCAUGGGAGGACUAGAUGGAGCUGUUAUAUACAUUGACACAGAGUCUGCAUUUAGUGCUGAAAGGUUGAUUGAGAUAGCAGGAAACAGAUUCCCUACUUAUUUUGACUCAGAUGAAAAGCUGUUCUGCAUGACUUGUAGUAUUCACCUAUACCGAGAGCUGACCUGUGGCAGUGUAUUGAAGAGGAUUAUGUCUUUGGAAGAAGAAAUUAUUUCAAAGAAAGUAAAACUCAUAAUAAUUGACUCUGUUGCUUCAGUUGUCAGAAAGGAGUUUGACACAAAACUCCAAGGCAACCUGGCAGAGAGAAGUAACUUUUUGGCUAGAGGAGCAUCAGUGUUGAAGUAUUUGGCAGAGGAGUUCUCAAUACCAGUUAUCUUGACGAAUCAGAUUACCACAAUGUUGAGCAAUGGCCUUUCGAUCCAGGCAGACCUGGUGUCUCCAGCUGAUGAUUUGUCCCUGUCUGAAGGAGCUUCUGGAAGUGGGAAGAGGGAAUCUAGUUGUGUGACAGCAGCCCUUGGCAACACAUGGAGCCACAGUGUCAACACCAGGCUCAUACUACAAUAUCACAACUUGCCAACAAGACAGCUCCUGGUUGCUAAAUCCCCUGUUGCUCCAUUCUCCGCUUUUUUCUACACCGUUGAGAAAUCAGGCUUGGUUCUUCAAGAUGGAAAGGAUCAAACAGAUUUAACCUGGGAAGGAACCAAUCCUGUUCUGCAGACCAUACGAGUGAGGAACACUGCCUUGAAAGAUACUUGAUGCUGCUUUACCCAGCACUUUUGGUGAGACUCCGAGCAAUGCAUCCAAUCUAUAGAAAGGACAAGAGAAACCUCCACUAAGAAUGAAUGAAAGACAACAUUGGUUUUCAAAAAUCUGGUGAAGCAGACAGUGAGCGUUCUUCUUCUUUUGUCUCUUUAAAGACGUAACUUUAAAACCAAGUACUGUUCUUUGUAUGAGCAGGGCCAUGUUUAACUCUGAACUUAUGGAGAUCCUGUAUUUUGUUCAGGUUGAUUUAAUUGACAUAGUAAUAAAAGCCUCUGAACAACACACAUGCUACUGAAGAAGCAGAGGCCACACUUGCCUUCCUAAUUCACCCCAACACCUCACCAGUCUGGAGGUACUGGCAGUCAAACACACAAGAGAGCUUGGUGUCUACAUCCUAUAACAGAGUGAAAUGUUUGCUUCAGCUUUUUAAGAGAAAUUAUAAACCCACUCGUUGGCUUGAUUAAGAAGCAAUAGUUCAGUGGCCUGAGAGGCUGGUUCUGCCCUUUGCAGUCGCAGGGAAAGCCUCCCUGAGCAACCUCUUGAAAAGCAGAGUACCCUGUACAGAAACACGGGAGGUCUGGAGUACUGCCAGAGCAAGGAAAGCAGCUGCAGUGGGGCCACCUGUGGAGGUGAGGUGAGCAGGUUGCCAUGUGCUGUUCGCUAGGAACUCUUUGGGUGACAAGAGAGUCCCUUGGGGAGCACAUGGUCCUAUUAAAAGGUACUGCACAGCCUGAUUGUGGCAGUGCAAGAGACUGAGAAGCUGAUGGGAUGUAGAAGUUGAUUUUGCAUCACUCCCAUCCACCAAACAGGACGGUAUGAAGAAGGCUACUCUGCAGCUAUCUACUUACAUGCCCGCUCACGCAGCUUUGGGCUCUCCUUUAACAAGGAAGUUUCCAUCACAACAAGGAAGCUACUCCGUUUCAAUAACCUACUUUUAAAAGCUAAUACAUUUCACCUUGGGGAAGAGCAAUUCUCCAGCUUCAGUUUUACCAGUUUUGUGCUUUGAAGAGGCCUUUGUAAAAUUUAAUUUUAAUUUUAACUAAAGUUUAGGUUUUCUUCUUGACAGUGCUGCACUACUGCCAUUCAGUCAAACCUUGCUGAACUCGCUUGUAGCCAUUUUAUCUGAGUAUCUUGUAAAUAUUUGGUAGAGCACUCAGACACAGAAGUGUUUUUUGCUCUUACAGUCACAUGCAUGGCUCCAGGACCUUUCAGAAGCACAAAAGGCUGAAGUCAGGGAAAAUUCCACUGAGAUGCAUUUGAGUCUCCAGGGAGCAACUGAACUCUGUUUAGACUAAAAUUUCUCAUUGCUUCCUCCUGUUUUUUUUUUAAAAAAAAACAUGGAAGGAUAGAGAGGGGAAGCUGGAUGGUAGGUUUUUUUUUUAUUAUUAUAAACACAGCAAGCACUCUUUUACUUAUUUCUGUUGUAUUGCAGGACCAUUUGCAGUUGGAGAGGGAAAUAAGCUUUUUAAUGCUUUCUGUACUACCUGGGAAAUUUCCAUCUGAGUUCUAAAAUGUUUUACAAGCAUUAAUGAAUUAAAACUUAAUCCCCUUCUUCUCAGCCCUGAGAAGCAAGUACUAAAUAGAGUUUAAAGACAGGGCUAAUGAGACUGAAAGAGUUGUGCCUUGCCUGAAGUCACAUGGGCAGGGUGGCAAGAGGACUCUUGAGUCCCAGUUUUCUACCUUACACCACAGACAAUGCACAUUCCCUCCCUUGUCAAGGCUUGCUGUACUACCCCUUCUGAGAUACAGUGAAAAUAUGCUGGCAUCGUACUUUGCAAUAACAUUGUUUUUCCCCCUUGGAACAGAGAGACUACUCACAGCUGCUGUCCCAUGGGAUUAAGAUGUUGAAAAGAUCAGAGAGGGAUGGGGUGGGGGGCGGGAAGCAAGUCACUGCUCUGCCUGCCCUGGGCAUGUUCUGCCUCCACUGCUGCCGGUAGAGUUGCUGAACUAUUGGGAGCAACCUCAAACAUUUUUGUAUGUACUUCCAUAUAAUAUUCAGGCAAGACUGUGGUAAAAAUGCCAUAAUCAAAGCGAGAACUUGGCUGACAAGAAAAUUGGACAGAUGAGCCACUAAGUCAUUCCUGUAUUGAAUAUGUGUGAUUUCAUCAUCCUUCUGUAUGUGACCUGCAUUUCUUACUGCUUCUUAUUAUCAGAAUCCUAUAGCUACUGCUGCAGCCAUCUCUUUCACCCCUUCAGAAGAGAGGGAUAAUCCAUCAGCCAGUUCAUCUCCAGUGGUAUGAGUCAGGUUUUACCAGGGGAAUUAAUGGUCAGUUGAAGAGAGUUGUUCCCAAGAGGGCUGACCAAAAAGCAAUGUGCACGUGAGUCAUGAAGUGGAAGAGAAGGAAACAAAUAUAUAGAUUUAAAGGCUUUGAAUUAUUUCUUUUCCCUUAGCUUCCCUUGUCCACACCGAUCAAUAACCAGACAUGCAAAAGCUGGAAAUGUAUUGAUGGUGGCUGGUAUAAGCAGGAUCAAGAGUUUCUCCUACUGUGCAAGCAAACCUGAAGUCAGUCAGCCCCCAAAACCAGAUCAGUGUGUACCAGAUCAGCUAUUCCAGCUCUUGUAGGUGAGAGAUGCUGGGAGAAAAAUCAGAUCACAGCGCAGGAGCCUCCUCCUGUCUCUUCUGUGACCCUGCGGUAUACCCUGGCACGGGUGCCUUUGGCCUCUUCAUGCUGUUACCUUCUAUGACAAGGCCUCAGCGCUGGUCCUUGGGUACGCAUCUUCUGUAGCACCCUUCCCUGCAGAGGAUCCCGACUCACUGGAAAUGCUGUGCACAGUGCUCAUUUCAUUUCCCGCUGAAAGGCAGCCAGGCCUGAGGUGAACAUGGCAAGUGCCUCGCUGCGCCUGGCAACUCCACACAGCUGCUGAAAACAAGUGGGGAAGAAAGCAGUGUACAAACCCAGGGGAAUUUUCACAUAGGCAGGAUGUAAUUAGCAGAGCUGGAAUUCGGCCAGGAUGCUGGGCUUGCAGGUAACACACUGGGAUCUUUCAUAAUUCAAAUGCUCAGGAUCUCCUGUUUCCAUCUUACCUGGAAGAUGUCAGAAGACCAUUCCCUAUUUAAUGUUCCUGGGCAUCCCUUGAACAUCUGACAUAAAGGAAAAAGUGUCUAAUGAUGCUGCACCUGCAGCGCUUCUCCACCAGCAACUGCCCACACUGAACAGCAGCUGAAAGGAUCACAUCCUGACAGAGCUACAGCUGCAUCGCAGUAAAACAUGCCACAGCUGCCUCCAUGCCUUGGGGUUCACUUCACCCUGAAUUCUCAUUACUCAGUUUCCAGGCCACAAAUCCCCACCAAACAGAAAGAAAAGAUGAUAAAAUUAGAGCAGCCACUCACACGUAAAACACAAGAGAGAGAUUACCAUUAGGUGCUGGUUCAACCUUGUUCUCUGCCACUUGAAAUAGUACCAAAUCGGUAUCAGACAACAGAGAAUUAGAUGAAGCACUUCUCCCCAGUGCAGAUGAGUGAGCUUUUCCAACUGGCCUUGCUGGUAAUACAGAGAGCAUUAAGAGCUCGUGCCUCCUCCUUCCUUCCAGCAGAGAAAUCACGUUCAAAGCAGCAAAGCAUUUUUUCCCCUUCAUGAUCUCACUUUCCAUAUAAGCAAUCUUUGUGUUUACUACGAGGAUGUUGAAUAUCCACAAAAGGCCAGGGAAGUCAUUCAUGAAACUCACGUGUGGAAAGUCCACACAACUUUCUACCACAACGUGGCCCACGGUCUGAAAUAUACAUCACUGCAAACCUUUAACCCCUCGUCUGUCAGACCUGCAACCUUGUAGAGUUCAAAGAGCUGACUUCCUCCCUGCGGUGCAGUGCGUGCAAGCAAAGCAAGGCGUGUUCCUGACAUCCGAGAAAGCAGAAUCUCUGCAUCAGUAAGUCACAAAAAAGGGAUCCCUCCUGUGCCUGUGAAGGCUCCCUGUAUUGGCUUUUGGUUUGUUUGGGGUUUUCGUAUGCCCAGGCUGCCAUGCAUGUCCCCCUCUUUGUCAAGCGUUGCUUAAUACAACAACUGACCAAACUUGCUGAGAGUACCUCGGUCAGUGGGAUUAACAAACCUGCGGACUGACUCGAACAGCAAAGUGAGUCAGAGAGAGUAAAGUACAGGCAGCUGUGCACAACAGGAAAUCCAGCACUAAUAAAUAAAACGCCUUAUACCCAGAAAGAGGAAAUAAACAGCAGCAGCACAAACUGAGGGGCAGAAGAGAGGGACGCAGCAUAAUUGCAGUGCGGGAAUCACUGCAGUACAGUGAGCUUGUUUUUACAGAAUGUUGUCCUGCUUUGUUAUGUGUUCAGACUGCGCAAAAAAGUGGGGGAGUGGAAGCACUGCUCAAAGAGAGGGUCUUAGUCAGAAGUUGUCAACAGCCAGUGUAAUUAAGGAAGCAGCCAGAGCGCACACAACCUGAGCCGCCGCCAAAGCAAAAUGAAAGCAUUUUUUGUUUGCAGCCGUAGCCCUGAAGGAUAAUAAAAGAUGGUUCUACUGUGCCAAGCGAGGAGCUGCAGGGACACCAUUUCUAGGCAGUGAAUGCCCUGCUCCCAUCUUUCCAAAAUUACAUGCUGUGGGGAGGCAGCAAGUUACUCUUCCUACGUGUGCUUUCUAAGCACAUGCCUGCACACCCCAUCUGCCUGCAGCAGCUACCUCAGGAGGCCAGCCACCAAGCAGGUGAGCCCUCAGCCAUCAUGCUAACAACAGAGGUGGCACCGCCUGAGCUCUGCCCCUCAGCCGAUGGGCUGUUUUGGCACUGCUUGGCCUGAUUGCUGAAUCAGCAACCCUUACUUUUCCCCCCUUGCACUCAGCCGUGGGUGCGCCAUGGCCCCAUGGCAUUGCCAGCACCAGUGAGAGCUGCCACAUUCAGAAGAGCUGCAUGCUGCUCUUGUCCCAAGGGCGGCUGUGUUUAGGAGGCUCACUGGUGCCUUGGCAAGGAGCUUCAUGCACGGCAUGUAGUCUUCUUGCUGCUGGUAGCAUCUUUCACCUGGAAUGGCUGCGCGGCCUGCACCCAUGCGGCGGCGGGCACUGGGGAGUGGUGGGUGGACUGGCAGAGCCAAGGGUGUCAGCACGGACCUUCUCAGCUGUUGGGACGGUAUUGUGAGGCUUUCACCGGUGGCUGUAGACACUCACGUGCAGGUUCAGCAAAAGGAAAGAAGUUAUUCACGAAUUGUAUGCAUAUUUCUGAAUUAAUUCGUUGAGUGGUCUUUGCCUUUCACCCUCCCCCUUGAGCCCUGUGCACAUUGCCGGCAUUCUCUCUCAAUCCCGUAUAAUAAUUCUCAGGUCUCCGCAAGCCACUGCCUGCCAAUGGAGCCCACGGUCACUGGACCACCAGCAUGGUCACAUGAAAUGUUACACGCAAAGGUUUAAUGCUCUCUUCUGACCCCAGCCUCCGUUCCCCGGCAGUGGUUUCCUAAUCAGGUGCCAGGGAAGCUUUGCACCGGGCAGGGCGCUAAGAAGGCAGCUAUUUAGCUGCAGCGUUUCCAGAGUCUUUGAGCUCUCUCCUAAGCUGUAAAUACAAGCAGUGGAGCCAGGUGAAUGUCUGACAAGGCUGCCAUUUAGACCUGAAGAAAAAAAAAACCUGCUGCUUUCCAACCUGAUGCAUAUUGCUGUUGCCCCACUUUCUCUAGCCUAACUGCCAUACUAGUGGUUAAUUGCUUCAGCAGGGUAUGGAAAUCAUGUCUUAAAGCCUGUAUACAGGGUACACUGCUAUUAUCCAGUAUAAUUUUAACCUUCACUGGACAUUGCCAAUAUGUUUCUUCCUAGAGAAUCAAAAAAGAAAAUACAGCCCUUUCCUUAAAGCCUUCCAUUACCAAAUUCUAGAUGAUAGUGCAGGUAUUUAAUGCAUCACACAACCUGUGAAAGUGACCAAAUAUUUGCUUUCACAGCCCUCCUUCCUGUGCAACAUCAGAGAAAACACAUAUUUUGGAGAAUCUCAAAUGAAAGUGAUUUUUUAUUAACUAUUGAUGAAAAGCAGAUAUGUUCAAAAGCUGUUUCUGAUAUAUAGGCAGUGACAGUCGUUUCCUUGCUAUCGCUGUAACGUGAGGGAGUGCAAGUAUCAUCUCCUGCAGAAAAAGUUCUUGUUCUCCGCCUGAUGCUUCCACGUAGGAUUUAAUGAAUUCAUUAAUUCCGUCUCAGCUUUGGAAAGCAUGGGACUUGCAUCUGGUUGUCAGGGCUCAGUGUUCAUAUGGGUUUCACAGGGCCCACAGAAAGAUGUGCUAGUUGCACCUCUGAGCCAAGCAGUUGGGUGAUCAAACUGAACAUUUGGUUUCAGUUUUGGUUCUUUUUUUUUUUUUUUGAGGGGAGGGGGCAGGUUGGUUAUGAACUUCAACCUAUACAUGCAUUUUUGUAGGUUUAAGUGAAAAGACCAUGGCAAAGCUUUAAUUUACAGUCUAUUUAUAUUGUUCUGUUUUAAGCUUCAUCGUUACCAACAUAACUUUCAAAAACAAACAAAAAAACCCAAAUAAAAUUGACAGUAUUUUUCAAA